ACCGCAACCGACCUGAGUGGCGGCGGCGGUGGGUCCGCCGGCGGGCGUUUGAGAGGCGACAGGCAGUGUGGUGGCCGCCGCGGCCCCCGCCGGAACUCGCCACCAUGAGUAGCACGUUAGCAAAGAUCGCGGAGAUCGAAGCUGAGAUGGCUCGGACUCAGAAGAACAAGGCCACAGCGCACCACCUAGGGCUGCUGAAGGCGCGCCUGGCCAAGCUCCGCAGGGAGCUCAUUACUCCGAAGGGUGGGGGCGGCGGCGGCCCCGGAGAAGGUUUUGAUGUGGCCAAAACAGGCGAUGCUCGGAUCGGGUUUGUGGGUUUUCCAUCUGUGGGGAAGUCAACGCUGCUCAGUAACCUGGCAGGGGUGUAUUCCGAGGUGGCAGCCUAUGAGUUCACCACUCUCACCACUGUGCCUGGUGUCAUCAGAUACAAGGGUGCCAAGAUCCAGCUCCUGGAUCUCCCAGGCAUCAUUGAAGGUGCCAAGGAUGGGAAAGGUAGAGGCCGUCAAGUCAUUGCAGUGGCUAGAACCUGUAACUUGAUCCUUAUUGUUCUGGAUGUCCUGAAACCCUUGGGACAUAAGAAGAUCAUUGAAAAUGAACUGGAAGGCUUUGGCAUUCGUUUGAACAGCAAACCUCCCAACAUUGGCUUUAAGAAGAAGGACAAAGGAGGCAUUAAUCUCACGGCUACUUGCCCGCAGAGCGAACUGGAUGCGGAAACCGUGAAGAGCAUUCUGGCUGAAUACAAAAUCCACAAUGCAGACGUGACUCUGCGCAGCGAUGCCACGGCUGAUGACCUCAUCGAUGUGGUGGAAGGAAACAGAGUUUAUAUCCCUUGUAUCUAUGUUUUAAACAAGAUUGAUCAGAUCUCCAUUGAGGAACUGGAUAUCAUCUAUAAGGUGCCUCACUGUGUGCCGAUCUCUGCCCAUCACCGCUGGAACUUUGAUGACCUGUUGGAGAAGAUCUGGGACUACCUGAAACUAGUGAGGAUUUACACCAAGCCCAAGGGCCAGUUACCGGAUUACACGUCCCCGGUGGUGCUGCCUUACUCGAGGACCACGGUGGAGGAUUUCUGCAUGAAAAUUCACAAGAAUCUUAUCAAGGAGUUUAAGUAUGCUCUGGUCUGGGGUCUCUCUGUGAAGCACAACCCUCAGAAAGUGGGUAAAGACCACACGCUGGAGGAUGAGGACGUCAUUCAGAUUGUGAAGAAGUGAAACCUGCCCUUACCUGUUAGCCGAGACAGCCAUGACCCAGCGCCGUCUCCCAGCUCCUGGCAGGGGCAGCCGCUGGAUCAGGACUCGGGAGGGAGAGGAAGGCGCCCGAACAACUUGACCUGUCUUUUCCUGGUUCACCUUGUGUGUUGAGCUGCAUAAAGGAAUCCGGUAGGGCUGUC